GUAACUUUUUUGCUGGGAGAGAAGACUACGAAGCACAUUUUCCAGGAAGUGUGGGCUGAGACGAUUGUGUGCUCUUAACUAAUCCUGAGUAAGGUGGCCACUUUGAGAAUCUUCUCAUGCUGCCUCUGCCACCUUCUAGGUCAGACGAUACCAUUUCAGCUUUAACACAGUAUGAUCGAAACGUACAGCCAACCUUCUCCCCGAUCUGCGGCCACUGGACCACCUGUCAGCAUGAAAAUUUUUAUGUAUUUACUUUCUAUUUUUCUUAUUACCCAGAUGAUUGGGUCUGCGCUUUUUGCUGUGUAUCUUCAUAGAAGAUUGGACAAGAUAGAAGAUGAAAGGAAUCUUCAUGAUGACUUUGUAUUCAUGAAAACAAUACAGAGAUGCUACAAAGGAGAAGGGGUCUUAUCCUUACUGAACUGUGAGGAGAUUAAAAGUCAGUUUGAAGGCUUCGUCAAGGAUAUAAUGCUAAGCAAAGAGGAGAAGAAGAAAGAAAACAACUUUGAGAUGCAGAAAGGUGAUCAGAAUCCUCAAAUUGCCGCACAUGUCAUAAGCGAUGCCAGUAGUAAAACAGCAUCUGUUCUACAGUGGGCUGAAAAAGGAUACUACACCAUGAGCAACAACUUGGUGACCCUCGAAAAUGGGAAACAGUUGACCGUUAAAAGACAAGGACUCUAUUAUAUCUACACCCAAGUCACCUUCUGUUCCAACCGUGAAGCUUCGAGUCAAGCACCAUUUAUAGUGAGCCUCUGCCUGAGGUCCCCGGGUGGAUCCGAGAGAAUCUUACUCAGAGCGGCAAAUACCCACAGCUCCAACAAACCCUGUGGGCAACAAUCCAUUCACUUGGGAGGAGUCUUUGAAUUGCAAGCAGGUGCUUCAGUGUUUGUCAAUGUGACUGAUCCAAGCCAAGUGAGUCAUGGGACUGGCUUCACAUCCUUUGGCUUACUCAAACUCUGAACUGUGUCACCUCGCAGGCUAUGGCAGAGUUGAUGCUGGCAGUCUUCAUCACACAGCACAGCAGCUAAGGCCAUCCCCUGUUGAACUGCCUAUUUAUAAUCCUAGGAUUCUCCUCACGGGGAAUUAUUUAUUAUACACUCCAAGGCAUGUAGGGCUGGAAUAAGUGAAUUACAGGUCGUGUGAAACCCAGACGGGUCCUGCUCCAUAAGAGCGUAUAUUCUGAAGCAGCAACCCCACUGAGGCAGACCUCCGGAGAGUCCUGUGAAAAGACAAGGCCGUUAUGCACAGAUUGAGUUCUGAGUAUACAGCAGAUAAUUAGCCAA